UCCAUUGCUUGUUACCUUCGCUUGUGUAGUCACUCGUGGACUGUAAGCGAAUAAACGCAUAGUCAUUACAAUAUAUUUUUUUAUUAUUUUUUUUAAAUAAAAAAAUAUAAUAGAUACUUGUGUUUUUGAAGUGUGCGUUGGAUAGCUAAACCUAAGCGAUGGGGUUCCUAGAAGACCUUGAUACCAGUGAUUUCCCAAAUAUCAAAGAAUAUUAUAAAGGAAAAACGAUAUUUAUCACUGGAGGCUCAGGUUUUAUGGGUAAAGUCCUGGUUGAGAAGCUACUGUAUUCCUGUACCAAUUUGGAUAGGAUCUAUCUUUUGUUAAGAGGCAAAAAGGGAGUAAAGCCGGAGGAUCGUCUAAAGGAGCUUUACGCUUCAGAAUGUUUCUCUCGAUUAAAAAAGGAUAAGCCGGGCGUGUUUGAAUCGAAGGUUUUCUUCAUUGCCGGCGAUUGCAGUCAAAUAGGCCUGGGUAUGUCAGAAGAGGAUAGAGCGUUGAUUGUUAACAGAGCACAUAUACUGUUCCACGUGGCUGCUAGUGUGCGAUUCGAUGAUCCUCUCAAAAUGGCGGUGCACCUUAACCUCAGGGGAACAAAGGAAGUGAUAGACCUUGCGAAGGAAGUCAGGAAUCUGGAGGUACUUGUCCACGUAUCCACGUCGUACGCGAACACCAACAGGACGAGCAUUGAGGAAGUGGUUUACCCCCCACACGCCAACUGGAGGGAUACGCUCGCUGUAUGUGACAACCUGGAUGAUACAACACUGAAACAUUUGACUCCUAAGUACUUAGGCGAGCUACCAAACACUUAUGUAUUCACAAAGCAACUGGCAGAGCACGUGGUUUACGAGCAAAGAGGACAAUUGCCAGUUAUCAUAAUGCGACCGUCCAUUGUGAUAUGCAGUGUGAAUGAACCAGUUCCCGGGUGGAUUGAAAACCUGAAUGGGCCUGUUGGAUUGCUGAUAGCUAGCGGCUUGGGUAUCCUACGAUCUGUCUACUCAGAUCCAGAUUUGUUGGCCGAUUAUAUGCCCGUGGAUGUUGCUAUCAAGAUGUUCAUAGUUGGUGCUUGGAUGCGUGGCUCAAAAAAAUUAGAACCCACUGACGACGUGGAAGUGUACCACUGUUCCAGCAGCCACAUGAAGACUAUGACGCUGGGUGAGAUCAUAGAGCACGGCAAGGAGAUCAUUAAGGAAGUGCCCUUGGACAAAAUGAUGUGGAUAAGCGAUGGAGGUGUGACGAAAUCGCGAUUGGUGUAUAAUAUGAAAGUUCUAAUAUUGCACUUGUUACCAGCUUUAUUGGUUGAUCUUUUGCUAUCUGUUUCGGGAAAGCCACCAAUGCUAGUGAAACUCCAGCGGCGUAUCUAUUCCGCAAACAUAGCAUUAAAUUAUUAUCUAACUCAACAAUGGAAGUUCGUUAACAAUAAUAUACUACAACUGAGGGAGAAGAUAAGGAUAGAAGAUAAAAGGGAGUUCUCCUACGAAAUGGAGACGAUCGAUCGACUACAAUAUUUUAAGAACGGCUGCAUGGCUGGCAAAGUAUACAUCUUGAAGGAGAAACUGGAAGAUUUGCCGAAAGCAAGACGGAAUUGGAAGCGAUUUUUUUACUUGGAUCUCACUCUGAAGUUCGUUUUCUACACUGCUGUAUUGUGGUAUAUUUAUAGUCGUGAUAUUUUGCCCUCCGCUGUGCGAUGGGCCUCUGACUUCUUACUGCAAGAAUAAUUACAACAUUUAAAUAUAAUUUUAAUGAAU